UGACGUCACCCCGCUGCAGCGCCCGAUGCGUGACGUCACGCCGCAGGAGAUUAUGACGUCGGCGCACCGGGACGUGGGCCUCUGUUUCCGGAUGGCGGAGUGAGCGAGAGCCGUGCGAGCAGCAGCAGAAGCAGCCCCAGGAUACUCCGUAGAGACGUCUCGAGCGAGAGCGUACGUACGCCGCUGUUUCCGGGGGCCCUGACACAGAACCGGCACCAUGGGCGAGCUAUUCCGCAGCGAUGAAAUGACCUUGGCUCAGCUGUUCCUGCAGUCUGAGGCCGCCUACUGCUGCGUGAGCGAGCUGGGGGAGCUGGGCAUGGUGCAGUUCCGUGACCUGAACCCGGACGUCAACGUCUUCCAGCGCAAGUUUGUCAACGAAGUGCGGCGAUGCGAGGAGAUGGAGCGGAAACUCAGAUUUGUUGAGAAGGAGAUCAAGCGGGCAGACAUCCAGAUCAUGGACAAUGGCGAAAACCCCGAGGUGCCGUUUCCCAGGGACAUGAUCGACUUGGAGGCCACCUUUGAGAAACUGGAGAAUGAGCUGAAGGAGGUGAACACGAACCAGGAGGCUCUUAAGCGCAACUUUCUGGAGCUGUCGGAGCUCAAGCACAUCCUGGACAAAACGCAGCAAUUCUUCGAGGAGGUUGAAUUGCGUCACCACCAGAUGGCAGAUCCAGAGCUGUUGGAGGAGUCGGCCACUCUCCUGGAUCCCAGCGAGAUCGGCCGCGGUGCGCCACUGCGCCUUGGGUUCGUAGCAGGUGUGAUCAACCGGGAGCGCAUCCCCACCUUCGAGAGGAUGCUGUGGCGCGUGUGCCGUGGAAACGUGUUCCUGCGUCAGACCGACAUCGACAGUCCCCUGGAGGACCCCUCCACGGGAGACCAGGUUCACAAGUCCGUCUUCAUCAUCUUUUUCCAAGGUGACCAGUUAAAGCACCGCGUCAAGAAGAUCUGCGAAGGAUUCCGUGCGACGCUAUACCCAUGCCCAGAGACGCCUCUGGAGAGGAAGGAAAUGGAGGCGGGAGUCAAUAACCGUAUCGAUGACCUACAGACGGUGCUCAACCAGACGGACGACCACCGUCAGCGCGUGCUGGCCUCGGCCGCACAGAACAUCCGCAUCUGGUCCAUCAGGGUGCGCAAGAUGAAGGCCAUCUACCACACCCUCAACCUGUGUAACAUUGACGUCACGCAGAAGUGCCUCAUCGCCGAGGUGUGGUGUCCCGUCGGAGACCUGGACUCCAUCCAGUUCGCCCUGCGGAGGGGGACGGAGCAAAGUGGAUCGACUGUUCCAUCCAUUUUAAACCGGAUGCAAACCAAACAGACGCCUCCCACCUUCAACCGCACGAACAAGUUCACGGCCGGAUUUCAGAACAUCGUUGACGCGUACGGCGUGGGGAACUACCGCGAGAUCAACCCAGCCCCGUACACCAUCAUCACCUUCCCCUUCCUGUUCGCCGUCAUGUUCGGCGACUGGGGCCACGGGACGCUCAUGACGGCGUUUGCUCUGUGGAUGGUGAUUCGCGAGAGCCGCCUCAUGGCGCAGCGCAUCGAGAGCGAGAUCUGGAACACCUUCUUCGCUGGGCGCUACAUCAUCCUGCUCAUGGGGCUCUUCUCCAUCUACACGGGCCUCAUCUACAACGACUGCUUCUCCAAGUCGCUGGACCUGUUCGGAUCCUCCUGGAGUCCCCGUGCCAUGUUCGCCUCCAAGAACUGGACGAUUGCGGAUCUAAAGGGCAACUCCAUCCUGCAGCUUGACCCAGCUGUCCCCAACGUGUUUGGCGGUCCUUAUCCGUUCGGGAUCGACCCCAUCUGGAACGUCGCAUCCAAUCGCCUCACCUUUCUCAACUCGUACAAGAUGAAGAUGUCGGUUACCCUGGGCAUCAUCCACAUGGUGUUCGGAGUCGUCCUGAGCCUCUUCAACCACAUUUACUUCCAGAAGAAGUGGAACAUCUACCUGCAGUUCAUCCCAGAGAUGAUCUUCAUGCUGUCGCUCUUUGGCUACCUGGUCAUUCUCAUCUUCUACAAGUGGUGCAACUAUACGGUGCACGAGUCCAAGCAUGCGCCCAGCCUGCUCAUUGCCUUCAUCAACAUGUUCCUCUUCACAUACAGCGACUCAGGCCCUAAUAUCUACAAGGGACAGCGAGGGCUGCAGUCCUUCCUGGUGGUGCUGGCGCUGCUGUGUGUGCCUGUGCUGCUGGCGGGCAAGCCGCUCGUGCUUUGGUACGAGGACCGGAGGCGCCGUCACCUGGUGAGACCGCGGCCUCGGCACGCAGGCCCGUCUUCUCCAGACGCCGCCGCCGGCGCUCCUUCUGCCCCUGCUUCUGCCGCCGCUGCCGCCUCUGCUGGAACCACGAAUUUCGCCGGCGUGCGCGUAGGGAACGGGCCUACGGAGGAGGACGCGGGCAUCAUUGACCACGACCAGCUGUCCAACCGCUCGGACGAGGAGGAGCCGCCUGCGGAGAAGGAGCCGCCGUUUGACUUUGGGGACGUGUUUGUGCACCAAGCCAUCCACACCAUCGAGUACUGCCUGGGCUGCAUCUCCAACACGGCCUCCUACCUGCGCCUCUGGGCCCUCAGCCUGGCCCACGCCCAGCUGUCCGAAGUGCUGUGGGGCAUGGUGAUGCACACGGGGCUCAGACAGAACAGCUACGCCGGCUUCUUUGGCCUCAUCUUUGUGUUCGCCUUCUUCGCCGUGCUCACCGUCAGCGUGCUGCUGGUCAUGGAGGGCCUCUCGGCCUUCCUGCACGCUCUCCGCCUGCACUGGGUGGAGUUUCAGAACAAAUUCUACUUGGGAACAGGCUACAAGUUUGCACCCUUCUCCUUUCAACAAAUCCUGGAGAGCCAGCUGGAAGAGUGAUAAUGAGCUGCCCGGGGUGGGGGGGGCGCUGGGGUUCCGCCCCUCCGCGGUGGCGCUCUGCCUCCGAGCCCAGCGUGCGCUCGUGUUACAGAGGCUGCUUUGAUCCCCUUGGUGUGUACCGUUACUGUACGUUGAACUUCCUUCGCACCGCCGCACGUGGCCGACCGUGGCUUGUCGGAGGUGCGGGGGAAGGACAACAACAACGCUCAACAACAACAAGAAGCAGUUUUCACUAAUUUGCCCCGCAUGCGUGCACGCGCAGCUUCGCUCAACAAGCAUUGGGGGGGUGGGGGGGGGUUUGGUUUUAUUUAAUAAAUUAUUUAAAUGAAUUUUAACCGAUUUAGUUUUUUUUGCAAUGACAAUAUAUUCCUGCGAUCGACUCCACGAAGCUGAUUAUGUUUUCCACAUAACAAUGUCGAUAUCAAUUGCGGGUGCGCGUUAUCGAUUUUUAACUUGGCAUAGCGGUCUCACUGAAAGGAUUAGAAAGAUAGACGGCUUAAACCAAGCAAAGAUCUCGCGUCAGCUCGUGACAUAUGACACUUUGUGAUGUGCGGCGACCAGCCCGUCGCUCGCCUGGACGUUUUGUUCCCCUGCUUCAAUAAACGUUUCACUGCCCUGGGCCCCGUCACGUCGCUCGUGCCACGUGCUCGCCGCGCCGGUGCCAGCGCAGCCAGAAUUGUGCCGUCGCGGAGAAGCUAAACCGAUAUUGUUCACGGCCGAGCCUCGCAAUGUUUUUGCAAACGAUUGCGAAGCGCGCGUCUCGGCGGCCGCGUCUUGGUUCGCUGGCGGGCAGGCGGUUUGCGUCCGCCAAAUGUGGGCAGCAAACGGCCAAACUCGCUUUGGGUAAUCAACGUCCAUUUGACCAUUGGCCAAAUUUCAAGGAGAAUGGCACCCUGUGCACAACCCAGCAGCGCUGCGGAGUACGUACCGCGCCACGUUGCCACGAUGGGCUCCCCUGCCUCCGCCAACUCGUAGUGACCGGGGUGGCGAAGUAUGGUUAAACGAGCCCCAGCGGGCGCGCACGGCGUGGGGAGGCCGUCAUCCAGCAGUGGAUUGACCACGGAACCAGGCCCGCCCGGUCUCCUCGACCGGCGCGCGCGAGCGUCCUUCCGACGGACCGCGCAAGGCAAGAAGACUCUGCGUCUCGACGUCUCGACGCGGUUACGGAGCGCAGGCUCCUCGGUAGCGCCCGAGCGAGGUGGGUGGGGCCCCUCACCCCAGCGCCCUCCCCUCCUCCCCCGGCGGGGAAGCGCGGAGAGCACCGAGGCCUGCCGUGGGAUUGGCAGGGCCACGUGACGGGGGCGAGACAUUGGACGUCCAUGUGGUGUUCCAUGCCGUGGUUCGUGUCGACCCCAGCAAUGGGUGUGUGCUCGUUGUGUUGUGAUUGUGUGUGUGUGUCAAUGUUACAAAUAGGAACGUCGCUAAUGAAUGCAUUGGUACAUAUAUAAUAGGUGUUUGCGUGGGCUAAUCAAUUAUACGUUGCAUAUCUAUAUACAGACAGCAUUAAAAAUUAGUGGUUGAUGUUACGUGCGCUCGGAGCUUGUGUCCGCUGUUGAGGGGCGCGUGUUGCGAGAUGCGGCUGUCACAGAUGUAUCAAGGUGGCAAUCCUGACGGUGUUGCUUCGGGUUUACGAGAGUUUGUGCAAGUCGACAGGACGCCUCCGAGCGAUAUCCCACAACAACAAAAAGUGCAAACUCCACUUGAUUUCAAAUGCCGGGAAUGAAUGUGGCGAGUUGCUUAAACACCACGUGGGUUCUAGCAGCUCGUUAUUUUCGACCCUUUUACAAUAGCGCCCGCGUCACUGCCGGGUAUUGCCGCCGUAAUGUGCGCAGUCUCGCAGCUCUUUCACGUCCGUUUGUUGUGUUGCGUACACAGCUGUGGAAUUUGUGAGGUGUGUGGGGUGUGGGUGGGUGGGUGGGGGGGACUGUAAGGGUAGGCGGGAGGUGAAGGGAAGGCGCCGCGUGCGACGAAGCCGACUCCUCGCGUGGACAGGCGCCCAUUUACGAGCCGCUCGACGCCUGCCGCCGAGAACUUUGGCAGCCCGGGAGAGGUCUCCCGUCGGAGGCCGUCGGGAGUCUUUGGCGCUGGGCCGGUGGCCUCCGAUGACCUCCGGUGACCUCUGUAGACCCCCGUAGACCCCCGGGUGGCUGUCCCGAUCCGCCCCGCGCCGUCGUGUUUGUGGGCGCGCGGCGUGUAGCGGACGCGCUGCGGUGUUCUGGGGUAAACUGGAUCUCUCGUUUACAUGCAACGCGUUAACGUUUCACUGUUAUGGGUUGCCUCGCGAAACGGCGCGGCGGCAUUUAACGUGAAAGAAGGCAUUUUCAAUAUUCGUGACCCUUCCUGCACGUGCGUCGUUUUGAAGUUGGAGCUGUGACAUUGAAGUCGGUGGUUGUUGUUGUGCACUUCCCAGUCUCAGUGCUCGUAGUUGACGUGCCGUCGUGCGUGCCGCUAUCGCUCGGGGCGUAGCCAUUGACGGUCCAAGGCACCGCAGGGGCCGCAGGCAUCGCCAGCCUUGGGAACGCGAUGUCGAUGCAAUGGGAGGCAGCGGGAUCGCUCCGCGCGCGGCAAUGGGAGCCCCCCCCCGCGUGAAUUUCAAUCUCGCUCGUGUCGCCGGGAGCGCGCUUGGGCGCUUGGUCCUCCUCCUGCCGACUUGGACGCGAUUUGUUCCGCGGCUUCGAGCUCUCAAGCCCCCCCCCCCCCCCCCCCCCCGAGGGUUGGCGUUGCUUGUUCGCUGACGGGCAGUGCCGUGGUUGUUCCGUGCCGUGGUUGUUCCGUGCCGUGGUUGUUUUCCGUGCCGUGUGCGAGCACUGCCCCCAGCCUACCCUUCGAUGUGGUGUAAUAAUAAAUGUGUUCAGCAGAAGCAACG